GGAGAGUUACUUAGUGUUUGUUCUUUGUUUCUUUUACAUUAAUGGCUAUUCCAGUGAUUGAUUUCUCAAAGCUUGAUGGUGAGGAGAGGGCCAAAACCUUGACUCAAAUUGCUCACUGCUGCGAAGAAUGGGGAUUCUUUCAGUUAGUGAACCAUGGAAUCCCUGAGGAGCUCCUGGAGAGGGUGAAGAGGGUGGCCGCCGAAUGCUACAAGUUGGAAAGAGAGGAAAAUUUCAAGAAUUCAAAGCCUGUUAAGCUUCUAAAUGAAUUGGUGGAAAAGAAAAGUGAGGACAAAUUGGAAAAUUUGGAUUGGGAGGAUGUUUUCCUUCUUUCAGAUGAGAAUGAAAAUGAAUGGCCAACAAAGACUCCUCGAUUCAAGGAAACCAUGAAGGAAUACCGACAUGAACUGAAAAAACUGGCAAUUAAAGUCAUGGAAAUAAUGGAUGAAAACUUGGGAUUACCAAAAGGGUACAUAAAGAAAGCCUUCAACGGGGCCGAAGAAGAAGAAAACGCUGUCUUCGGCACCAAGGUGAGCCAUUAUCCGCCAUGUUCUCACCCCGAAAAGUUGACCGGCCUCCGGGCACACACCGACGCCGGAGGUGUCAUCUUAUUAUUUCAAGAUGAUGAGGUUCAAGGGCUUCAGAUUCUGAAAGAUGGGGAGUGGAUUAAUGUCCAGCCUAUGAAAAAUGCAGUAGUCAUAAACACUGGGGAUCAGAUUGAAGUACUCAGCAAUGGAAGAUACAAGAGUGUUUGGCACCGGGUUUUUGCAUCGACGGACGGGAAUCGAAGAUCAAUUGCUUCAUUCUACAAUCCAUCACUCAAGGCUACCAUAGAACCUGCUCAAGAACUGGUUGAGAAAACUGACAAACUGGCGGUGGAUCCAAUUUACCCCAAGUUUGUGUUUGGUGAUUACAUGUCUGUUUAUACUGAACAAAAGUUCCUCCCUAAAGAACCAAGAUUCCAAGCUGUGAAAGCUAAGUAAGGAAAAUGAGUUAUUGUACAUUUUCCAUGCAUGUCUCCUUUUUCCUUUCUUUGUAUG